AUGGGUAGUAGUGUAACGGAAUCUACAUCUUCAGAUGUUCUAGAUUUAAUCAAUUUUGACGCUUGCGGUCAUUGGAGUCCUUAUGUGUUGACUAGUCCUAGGUCUCUUUUAGCAUGUCGGAAAGCCAAAAUCAAGCCGAACGAACUGCUUUAUAAGAGUGCAGCAGAUGUUGCAAAAGAUCUAGGUGUUUCAAUCGAAUUGGCUUAUCCUGUUUAUAAAAAACAUGAGAAACUUAGGCAAGAGAAACUUGAAGUCUGUCGCCAAGAACGAAAUAAAUAUAUAAAUAGUGAAAAUAGCUUACAUUUUAAUAAACGUAAGAAACAAAAGAAGAAAAUAUGUUUUAAAAACGAAAUAGCGUUUUAUCGAAACAAUAUUGCUUCCAAUAUGCGCCGCAUAAAGUCCAUACAAAAUAAAUUGGACGAAGAUCAAAAGUAUAUUUUAAAAUUUACUGCAAAAUGUAUUUUCCACCGCGAAGUUUUAUUUGAAAUCUAUGGAAACUUUAAACCCAUAGCCAUUUUGGUUCUUGAGAUUUUCUAUGUGUAUGAUUUUCUAUUUUUAAAUAGUUUUACAAUAGAAAAACAUCGACGUGAUCUAGAAAUCUCUCAAACUGUUAAUCCAUCGCCUAAAAAGAUCAAGAAACGUCGUGUACGGUCAAAAAGCAUAAGCGAUUUAAUGGAAUUAAAAGAGUUGUGUAAAAAAGUCGAUCGUAUUGCUUUUUUUGAACGAAAUGUCAUAAUUAAUAGUAACGUUGACAACAAACGGGCCGUAAAGAGGAGAACGCGUUCCCAUACAAAUAAUUCAAGGAGUUUACUGGAUUUAGACGAAUGUCAAUUGCCAAAUCAAGAUAGGAAGAUUUUAGAAAGUAUGCGGCGUAAGAGAGAAGAACAGCAGCACUGUGAGGACCUUUCGCAGCGUGUAAAUUUAUUUUGGGAACAAAUGCACGAAGAAGAAAAACUAUUAACAAAUGAACAGAAAAAAAAAUGGCAGAAUUUCGUCACAGCUAAACGCAACGUAGAGAACGGUGUGAAUAAUAUACGGUUAGAAGAACUGCGACAAGCAUUUGAUAGAAGUCAGAGGAAGUUAGAAGAACAAAUGAAGUGUAGGGAUGAGAAAGUAUCUGAGCUGAAGCGUGAAAUUUUGGAACGUCAUGAAUUAGAAAAUUCUCUUAAACGUUCUGUGGAAGUCAAUAAGCGAGAAAUUGCGAGUAACAAUUAUAACUGGGAACACAUGAAUGCCUUGACGCGAAAAAAAGAACUAAAUGAUAAAAGUAUUCUUAAGCAAAAAAAAGCCAACGAAUUUAAAAACAAAUCUUUACAAAUGGCUCAAGAGAAAGCCAAGACGUUAAAUAGAAUGGAAGAGCUGAGACACGCGGUGCAAAUGGAACAUAUACAGACUCGACAUGACAAUGCCAUUCGCCGUAAAUUUGACGAAUGUCAAGCUAAAGAGCAAAGGGCUUUUCAAAAUCAUUUGGAAAAAAUGGCUACACGGAUGCGAGAAUUGGCAAAUAAAAGUUUGCAGAGGGAACAUCACAUGGGUCGAGUUCAUAGAGUAGCCAGAGAGUUAGAGGAAGGUAUGCAAAGAUGGCAGGAUCGUGUAUUGGUUAUGCAGUAUGAACAGCAGAGAAGAGCAAAAGAGAACGCAGAAUUGUUCACAGACAGCAAAAGACUAAGAGCUGAAAUCGAAAACAAACGCAAAUCUUUAGAACAUUCCGUUAAAAUGCAAAGAAUAAAAGAGUUGGAAAAUGAGCGGUUAUGCAUCAUAAAAAAAGAAAUCGAAGAGGAGGAAGACAGAAUAAGAAGAAUUAGGGAAAAAAAAAAUUUAGAAAUCCAAAUGAGUAGAAAAUUGGCGUCUAGUACAGCAGAACUUCGGAAUGAAAUUCGACGCGGUGCAGACGUUUUAAUUCAACGGACAUGAGUGAAAUACAAGAAUGAACCAAUCACAGUAAGUCAAGGAGUAUAUAUAAUUACAGCGAUUGAAAAAUUAAUAAUAACUGUACACGAUGUGUCUAUUUAUAUUUAAAAAGAGUUAUAUUAUUAGUUGUUAACGAUUUUUCGUACAUACUUUGCGUAGCGUCUAUUUAUUUUAAACAAAAGUCUAUUAAUGUUAUUUAUGGUAAUUAUAAGAGGGCUAUGAAAUUCACAGUGUAUUGACUUGUUAAUAUAUUUUUAGUGUUAAAAUAUCGUAGGUGGUUGGAGGUUUUUUUUUGUACUUGUAUA